UCCCUGCACCCUUGCAUACACUGAGAUUGGUGUGCCCGUCCAGCCAGUUCACUCCUCUGAGUCACUGGGGACAAAGGAUGCUAGUGCUCAUGUCCUUGCCAUGUCUUUGAGACCCUUUGUGGGAAGUUACUCCCUGUAGAAGAGGGUACUCUUUGGGAUCUUUUGCCUUCUUGUUUUCCUUCACCUAUCAUAAAUCUUAGGUAAAGUCCCUGAAUUUCACAGAGCUCCUGAUCUCCUAUGAGAAUUUACUGGCUGCAGUCCUGUUGUUUGUUUUCUUGGUACCUUGUCUUUGGGCCAGCUUGCUCUUUUUUUUGGCUGAACCUCUUCUGUGCUGUGUACUGUUUCGUACAUACCUUGCAUUUUAACCUUGUUCCUGGUGUGGCUCCUAUACCCGUGCACAUACAUUUCCUCUAUCCAUGCUCCAGCCUAAGCACCAUCCUGCUGUUACUCCCCAGCAACACAUUCCCCUUUUCCUCUGCUCUCUGGGUGGGGAAGACAGCAGCAAAUUCACUGCUGCACCAGCAAAACCUUUUCUGUUAGUGGAACAAAGCCCUCAGGCAUCAGUGGGAUGAGUUAGCAGUGGCCUGACAAAGGCUUUGUGAAAAACCAUCGUCCUCCCCUCUGCCUGCUCCGUGCCAGAAGCUGUCGCUGCUGGUUUCUGGGGUGACUGAGGUGAUUGAUGGGACUGUGGGGACUUUGUGUGGGUGAGUGUUGCAGCCACUGCAGGAACCCUGCUCUGCUUGUUGGGUUUUUCAUACUCGAUCUUGGCUGAGAGAUGGCUGUCCUGGCUGCCUGCACAGUUUUGAGCUGCUGUGGGGGCACGGGGCAGCGUGGCCAGUGUGGUCUGUGAAUACACCCUGUGACUGGGAGCCUGCAGAAGUGUGGUGGGUUGUUCAAAGAUGCCUCAGUCUCUGCCACUCCUUAAAAGGCAGUGGAUUGAGCUGGCCAGUGUCUCCUUACAGCCCACUUGGCUGCUGGCAGCUCUGGCUGCCUCUCUCCAUCCCAGGGAGGCGUUUAGUCCUGUGGGGAUGGAGGUGACUCCAGUGGGAGGGCUUUUCUCCCAGCGCAUGCAGAAAGGGCUGGAGAUGCAGAAAUCUGCAGCAAUGCUGCUGGGUGUGCUUUCUGCACUUAGAAGGUUUCAAGUGCCACUUAGCAGCCCUGAUGGGGCACUGUGAAGAGCUCAUCAUGGGGGGAUCCUCUGCUUUGUUGGAAGCUGUGGGUGGGAAAAAAAAAGGUUUCUUGUGUCCAUAGCUUCCUACAUAGAGUAGGGCUGUUUUCUUGAGGAUCUGUGGCAGGGAGCAAACUGCCUGGGAGCCAGUGCUGGCUGUGCAGCCUUUUGGUGAAAAAAUCCUGCUCAUGCAGCCUGGCUCCAUCUCAGGAGCAUCCCUGCUGAGCACAGGGAUGAGAGGGAUGAGACCUGUGUGCAUUGCACCAGCUCCCCAGAACCAGUCAUGGACUAGCAGCUGGGCUGUGUUCAAGUGCUUCAGCUUCUUGGUCAUUGCUGUGGGAAUUACAUCCCUCCUGAGCCCUUUUUUCUCCAGGCUAAACAAGUGAAACUCCCUUGUUCUGCCCCUGACCAUCCUCAGCAGGACUCUCUGACUCCCUUCUUCAUGUAUGUGGAAACAGUAUCCAGGUGUGGUCUCACCAAUUCUAGAUCAAGGGAAAUAACCCCUUCCUUUGUCCUGAAAAAUACAUGACUCCAGUUCUAGCAGCUUGGUGGUGGGAGUGAACAGCAGCUUCCCAGAAAAUUUGGACUGAACUUCUCUUGAAAGGGUAUUUUAGUGCUGCCUUUGCCAUCCUGUCACUGAAGUGAGCAUUGUUUGGGAAUGGGGUUGGUGAGGGCAGGCAUUCAAUAGGGCUAGAGAGGUGACAGGGAUCUCCAUUCAUAAGGAUGCUUAUCCUCAGGAGGGACAAGAGCAUGAACAAUCUUACGUGGCUUUAAGGUUAACCCUGUUGGGAGGAUAAAGUUAGACCAAAGACCUUUGUUUGUAAUAAUUCCUAAUCCACUUGUGCCAGCAAUCCCCCAUGUCCUCCCAACUGCUUGUGUUCUGUAUCCCUCCUCCCGGUACGUGCAACAGCUCUGACAUUCAUUGCCUGACCACUAGUCCCUCCCUAAGCCCUCCAUAAUUGCUGGGCUGGUUUAGCAUACUGCAGGUCCUGAUAAUGGAGGAAGGAAGUUUGUUUUGUAAUUGGAUUAGCACUGCUGGGAACAGCUUGUGCACAGUGUCAGGGCUGAGCUGGUACAGCCCUGGCCUUGUCCCAUUCUGCCUGGUUGUGGGUCAGCUUGGGGCUGUCUUACCCCUGCACAGGACUUCAGUGACCAGAGUGAUGCUCACAGGGCUGUCUCCCAUGAAGACAGUUCAGGCUGUUAAGCCCAGAGAGGACAAGACACCAGGGAGACCGUAAAGCCCCUUCCAGUGCCCUCAGGGUCUGUAAGAGAGCUGGAGAGGGACUUUGGACAGGGGCCUGGAGUGACAGGACAAGGGGGAAUGGUUUUAAACUGAAAAAGGGCAGCUUUAGAUGAGAUAAAAAUUAAUUCUUGGCUAAGAGAGUGGUGAGUCCCUGGCACAGGUUGCCCAGAGAAGCUGUGGCUGCCCCAUCCCUGGAAGUGUUCCAGGCUAGGAUGGAUGGGGCUUGGAGCAACCAGGGAUAGUGGAAAGUGUCCCUGCCCAUGGCAGGGGAUUUGAACCAGGUGAACUUUAAGGUCCUUUCCUGCCCAAAUGAUGCAAGGUCCUUUAAGGUCCUUUCCAAUCCUAUGAUUCUAUGAAAAUACGUAGUUUUGGAGAAUGGAGGCAACCAAGAGAGAUAGAGGGCAGAAUUGGAGCUUGCCCACCUGGAAAGCUGGGGUGUGUUCACUGAAUUCUGUCCCUAAUGUCUCCCACCUGCUAGAAAUGAAGCCCUUUGGUUAGUGACAAGCCUCACAUUACCCAUGCCAGCACAAGUCAUCGAGGCUCCUAGGUACCUCAGAGGUUGGAGAGAACCUCAUGGGACUGGGUUAAACCCUCACAUUGUCAUCCAUGCUCCCUUCCUGCCCCUCUGGCCAUGAGAAGUCCUUGCCUAGAGAUGAGUUUGAAACCCCAGCCCUAGCAGGGAUGCUUAAGUUCACAGCUGAGAAUGCUGUGCCUUGUGUUUUGCCUCCAACCCAGCAAUCUACAGGAGGAUCAGAUAUCUCAGCAGCUCAGCUGCCAGAGUUUUGAGCAAAGGAGAGAAAUUUGCUCCUGAUCCGUUCAGGCUGCCAGUGGAAUGUGCAGGGUAGCACAUACCCAGCACACUUGUGCACUGGCACAGAUGUGGCCCAGCUGAAUGCUUCCUCUCUAAUCUUUUUCUAAAGACUAAAUGUUUGACCCAAAGGACAAGUUUCAACUUCUGACUUGGAGACCACCCUCACUCAGUCCCUUCAGUAUGCUUCUCAGCAUCCUUCCAAACCAUUUGCUUGCUCCUGGUGUCCUGUUUGGAAAUUGUCCCAACACAUCUCUGUUUGGAUGCCUCCACCUACUUUUGAGUCUACACCUGUGAGCAGUUCUCUCCUUUUCCAUGGACAAUUGGAGGCCUGUCUCCAAACCACCAAGCUCAUGCACAUAGAAGGAGAAAUUGUUUUAAGCUAAAAUGAAUAUUGACUUAAUUAGAUACAAGAAGUUUUCUACAGUGUGGGUGGUAAAACCCUGAUACAGGUUGCUCACAGAGGUGGUAGAGGUCCCAUGUGUGGAAACACUGAAGGCCAGGUUGGACAGGGCUUGGAGCAACCUGAUCUAAUUAAAAAUGUCCCUGCUCACAAUAGGAGGUUGCACUAGAUGACCUUCUGACCCACACCUAGGAUUCUAUGAUCUUCCAGGUGAGACCAUCCCAGCUUGCUAGUGACAUGGCUGUGUCCCUCCCCAGAACAUCCCAGGCAUGAUCGUUCCACACUACCAGCCCUCACUUCUUGCUGUUAACAUUAGUGGGGGUGUCCCAAGACUGAGGUGGGGAACAGUGCUGGAAGGUGCUCAGAGACAUUCCCUUACUUGGUUAGCUGGUUCUUCCUCUUGUUAAAUCCAUACCUGUGACUUCCAGCACUGGAAACUGGUUCAUACUGGGUGCAAAUCAAAUUUCUUCUUUAAAUCUAAACAGGCUAAAUUACUAUAAAAGCAUAGAAUGGUUUGGGUUGGAAGACACAAAGCUCAUCCCAGCCCUCUGUCAUGGGCAGGGACACCUUCUACAAUGCUCUGCAUCACAGUCAAAAUUAAUUAUCAAGGAGAAAUCAUUAUCCAGAAACAAUGUAUCUGUGAUAAAUUCUGUUUACACUCGCUAUUCUGUCUGGGAGCUGGGUUUCUUUCAAAAAAAGUCUCAGAAAAUACGAAUUGUUUGAAUCCCUCUUUUCCAUUUUCUGGAUGUGGAAGGCACAUUGGCUGCAUUUGUUGGAGGUUUGAGCCAUACCCAGGUUUUCUUAAAACUGGCUCUUCUUUCAUAGGGAGGUGACUUUGCUCCUUCCCUCCUUGAUGUCAUGCAGCCCCUCCUGUCUGAGCCUCAUCUCAUGCAUUCACAGUGUGUCCUCAGCCAGUGGUUGUACCUCAGGCAGUCUCUGUCCUUCCUAUAUCACUCAGCUUGAUAACCUGCACAGCUGCCAGUCUUUCUCUUAAUUUCCACCAUGAAUAUGUGUGUGCUGUAUUUUUUCUCCAUUAAAUGGCAAGCCCUGACUGUCUGUGUGAGACUGGCAGGCUUGCUGCAUGUCCCCAUGCUGUGCCUUGCUGCACAUCCACAGUGCACUGUGAUUUACUGCCUGAGCACAGCUUCUGCCCACAGGUACUGCACAUUCACAGCAGGCCUGGCUUUGGUGUGCUUGCUCUGACCGUGUCCUGGUUGGCAGGGAAGGCUCAUGCAUCACUUUGCCUCCAUGUAGAGUGAUGUCUGAGCAACCCACAGCUCUUUCUGGUAACUCUGUAAGGAUUGCAGGCUCUCUGCUGCACCUAACUCUCUAAUUCCUGCCUUGGCAUCUGCAGUAAAUGUCUGUUACCAGGGCCCUUGGGGCACAAGGCUGGCUCGCCUUUUGACAGCCUCACAGGUUGCUUGGGAUGUGGAGUGGGAGCAUCUGUCUCCUGUGGCUUGGUGUGGGGAUGGGAUGGGGUGUCUCAUCCUGCCGGGGGGACAGGACACAGGACACUCUGCUCUGCUCUCCAUUAACAGCGCAGCUCCGGGGCCUGCGUGCGCUGGGCCAGGGGAGGCGGCCAGGGACCAUCCCUCCGUGAUGGCAACAGCUCGUUUCCAUUUAGAUAGAGGAAUUUCAAUCUCAGUAUGUCUUCUCUUCACCACGGUGCGACUCAAGACCCAAAUUUACAGUUUUCUUCCCCAUACAACGCCAGAUGCUCUCUGGGCUCAGGAACUGCAGCGCGUUCAGGGAAGCUGCCGCCCGGCCCAGGGGACAGCUGGGGGCGAGAACGCGGCUUCUCUGUAGCGCCGCGGGUCCCCACAGCAUCUCCGCACCCCAAACUGCUGCACCGCCUGCAGCACAGGCGCCCGCGGGGAGCAGCGGGGCGGAGAGGGGACACGGCACGGCGGAGAGGGGACACGGCACGGCGGAGAGGGGACACGAAACGGCGGAGAGGCUGCCGCUCGGCGGGCGCUGCGGCGGCACCGGGCCGGGGGCGCGGCUGGAGCGCGGCUGUCGCCUGCCGGCGGCACCGGGAGCAGCAGCGCCGAACCGUGUGGGGCGCGGUCUGCCUUAAGGAGGCCCGGCCGGACCGUGUGGGUUGAGGUCUGCCUUGAAGAGACCCGACCCGGCCCGGCUGAACCAUGUGGGGCGCGGUCUGCCUUAAGGAGGCCUGACCGAACCGUGUGGGGCGCGGUCUGCCCUGAGGAGGCCCGGCCGGACCGUGUGGGGCGCGGUCUGCCCGGAGGAGCCCGGCCCGGCGGGGGCGUGGCCGCGCAGCCAUGUCUGAGGGCGCGGCGGGAAUGGCGGCAACGGCGGCAGCGGCGCCGAUGGCGGAGACGCGGCUGCGGCGGAAGCAGCUGCUGAGCGCGGAGGAGGCGGAGCUGUUCGAGCUGGCACAGGCGGCGGGCAGCGGGCUGGACCCGGAGGUGUUCCGGGUGCUGCUGGACCUGCUGCGCAUGAACGUGGCGCCGCUCGCCGUGUUCCAGGUGCUGAAGUCGAUGUGCGCCGGGCAGCGGCUCCCGCCGGGCCCCGAGGGCGGCCCCGCCGCGCCGCCGAUGUCCGGCGAGACCCGAGGGAGAAAUAAAAGCAGCUCUGCUGUCAGUGGGUCACAGACUCUGGCAGAAAGAAGCAGCCGGGAAGGAUCUGCCCAGAGGAUGCCCCGACAGCCGAGUGCCAGCCGUACGCAGAAGGCAGGAACCUCUGGGAAGAGCAGCGGGGGAGGCAACAGUACCUAAAGAAGGCCUUGGAACACAUGGAUUUUGAUGCUUGAUAAUGUAUAUAAAUUGUGCUUGUUAAAGCUGCUUGUGUUAUAUGUAUUAACCUAAAACCAUGAUAUGUAGUACUGGGA